UUGAAGGGAGAGCCAUCCCACACAAUUCUGCAAUCGCGCCGCGCCCAUUUCUUCGUGAAUAAUGCUUUAUCUCAAUUUAUUUGUUUUUAUUCUAAUAACGACUGAUUUAAUUGGCAGUUUUAAUUGUGGAAUAAAAACGGAUAAAAGUGUGAUUUGGUUUCUUCGUUCUCUCUGCGACUCUUCUGAAAACAAUGGCGAAUGCAUGGCUGGUGGGGUUAAAAGGUCUGUUCACAGUGCUGGGCAGUGUUAUGGUGGCCACUCUCAUCUUCACCAUCUGCACCGAUGGUCUUCCUUUUCGCAAAGACCUCCUCACCCCGUGGAUGGUAGCAACGUUGGUUGACUUCUACAUCAACGUUGUACCUUUGGCGGCAUGGGUUCUCUACAGAGAAUCUAGCUGGCUCUGUGCAAUACUCUGGAUAAUUCUGCUAGUAUGCUUUGGCAGCAUUACUACAUGUGCCUACAUUGUUAUGCGAUUUUUGAAGCUGACAUCAUCUCAAGAAUCCUUACAAGAUUUCAUGUAUUUUGUUCUCUUGCGGCAUCCAGACGAGUACGGAUGCAAAACUCUAGACAAGGAUGGCAUGGAACAAAAGUGGAAGCACUCUUAUGUCUGGACUUUCAGAAUCCUUUUCAGUGCUUUGGGUUUUUUGAUGUUGGGAACUUUAAUUUAUACUCUCUUAUCAGAUGGUUCUCCUUUCCGCGAAGAGCUCUUUACUCCGUGGAUGAAAGCAACACUAAUCGACUUCUAUAUCAAUGUUGUGGCUCUAUCAGUUUGGGUGAACUACAAGGAAUCAAGUUGGAUUAGUUCAAUCUUUUGGAUAAUUCUAUUGAUAUCUUUUGGCAGUAUUACUACAUGUUUCUUCAUUGCCUGGAAGCUGUUCCAGCUCAAUUUGGAAGAUCCAGUCUACCUUGUUUUAUCGAAUUGUGGCAACAGGGCAGAAAACAGGUAUAAGUUUGUGGGGAAACGGUGUAACACUGGUCUUGAUGAGCAAGGUUCUUAGGUCAAUCUGGUGCAUAUGAAAAUUAGAAAACACAAUUAGUUGAAUAUGGAAACUACCCAUUUAUCAUGCUUUUAUUUUCUUAUUUAUUUCUAUUAUUUUGAUUGUAAUCUCCUAACAAUUUCUUUCCAUAAUAGUUUGUAUUCAUUUCCUAUUUAAACCCAUGUAAACGUAUGGAACAAUAUCAUGGAAUAAAACAAUUUCGCUUCUCCAA